GUGCUGGGGGCCAGGGACUCUCGGUUCGCCGCGCCCAGACGUCUUAGGGAGGCGGCAAGCGGCGCAAGCAGGCGCGAUUCGGGUGCACGAUGGAGCCGCCCGAGGAGAAGAUCUCGGUGUGGAUCUGCCAAGAAGAGAAGAUCGUCUCUGGCCUCUCCCGCCGCACCACUUGCUCCGACGUGGUCCGGGUGCUCCUGGAGGACAGCCGCCAGAGGCGGCAGCAGCAGCAACCUCAGCGGCGGCGGCGGCUACGGCGGGCACGAGGAGAGGGAGGCGGAGAGGGAGAAGGAGACCCGCGGGGAGGGGAGCCGCAAGAGCCAGAGGAGGACGAGGAGGAGGCACCGGCGCAGGGCAUGCUCUGGGGGCCCCCUCAGUGCUACUGCAUCGUGGAGAAGUGGCGGGGCUUUGAGCGGAUCCUGCCUAACAAGACGCGCAUCUUGCGCCUCUGGGCCGCCUGGGGAGAUGAGCAGGAGAACGUGCGCUUCGUCCUGGUGCCCAGCGAGGCGUCUCUGCCCAACGCGGGGCCCCGCAGCGCCGAGGCCCGGGUAGUGCUCAGCAAGGACAGCCCGUGCUCUGGCCGGGGGUGCCCAGCCCGGCCCAGCCGGGCCUUGACCCAGGAGAAACAGCGGCGUGUGGUGCGCAAGGCUUUCCGCAAACUGGCCAAGAUCAAUCGGCGGCGCCAGCAGCAGCCAUCGUCCCCUUGCUCAUCCUCGUCUACUUCGUCCUCCACAGCCUCGUCGUCUUCCUCCCCACUGACCCGGGACAGCGCUUCAGGCGAGCGGAUGGAGACCCUAGUGCACUUGGUGCUGUCCCAGGACCACACUAUCCGCCAGCAGGUGCAACGGCUCCGAGAGCUGGAUGGGGAAAUCGACCGCUACGAGGCCAAAGUGCACUUAGACCGUAUGAGGCGGCACGGCGUGAACUAUGUGCAGGACACUUACCUGGUGGGGGCCGUCGCUGAGCUGGACGGGUCCGGGACCCUGAAGAAGGGCACUGACGAGGAACCGCCUGCUAGCAACGAAGGGGGCCCCGAGGCUGCGGCGCUCGCGGAGUACGCCCGUCGGUGCGACCAGAUGCUGCAGCUUCAGGAGCAGCGAGCUCAGCAGGAGGAGCUGCUGGAGCGCGUGGCAGCUGAGAUACAGGAGGAACUGAACCAGAGAUGGAUGCGGCGGCGCCAGGAGGAGCUCUCGGGGCAGCCGGGCCCGGACGGCGAAGGCAGCCCCGAGGGCGAGCUCCUGCUGGAGCAGGAGAGGCUGAAGACGCAGCUCAGCACCAGCCUCUACAUCGGCCUGAGGCUCAGCACGGACCUAGAGGCGGUCAAGAGCGACCUGGACUACAGCCAACAGCAGUGGGAACUCAAGGAAAGGGAGUUGCAGAGCCUUUUAGAGACUUUGGACUCCUUAGACUUCAUGCCGAGCCCGGACGGGGCCGGGGAGCCUGGUUCCGGAGCUCCAGGCCAAGGAGAGGGCGAGGCACGGGCCGAUGAGGAGGCAGCAGCCGCUGGCCCGGGACCCGGCCCUGGCCCCGAGGUGUGGGUGGACCAGGCCCGGGGUCUGGCCAAAGGCUGCCAGGGCAACGAUGAAGACUCGGACACGGGGUUGAGCUCCAUGCACAGUCAGGACUCAGACUCUGUCCCAGUCUGUGAGUCUCUCGUGUAGGAGAAAAGAUAGGAGGGAAGGUAGGAAGAAAGUGGUUUGGUCACCAAAAGCUCGAGCCAGCUCAGGGAUCCCAUGGGGUGGUAGGAGUACCUCGCCCUGCUGCAGCCCCUUCCACCAUGCCUAGUGGGGUGUGUGCUGAGGGGGCAUCCUCACAGUUUGGGCUAGGAAGGGCCAGAUAAAGGACAGCUCUUUUUAAAAGGUUGGUUUUGUACCCAACUCAAACUUCAGCUGCAGAAGAGGGGAGUGGGGGUAGGAAGGACAUGCGUCUGACUGAGGAACCUUGGGUCCCAAGGGAAAUGGUCCAGGCCCAUUUUCAAAUGAGUAUUAUGUGGAUUUCACUAAGUUUCAUUAUGGUGAAGUCUUUAAAUGGCAUUUCUGGAAACAGUGACAAUUGGAAUACCAGUUUGGGGCAUUAGGUACUUUGGUUGGCAAAGAAAUUCCUUGAAUUUUAAUUGUAGCUCUAACUUGUUAAAACUAGCCAAAGAAGAGGCAUUUGUGUUCGUCUCAGCCUUACGUCCCAGAGAAAACACACAGUCCUGGCUAUUAACAUUUUCAGCUGACACUAGACUUACCCAUGUCCUGCAUUUUUGGCCCUUUUAUUUCACUUCUGAGGCUGGACUAAAACCUCAGUUCUUUCACUCCAGAGUUCAUACAGUGCAUUCCAGCAGGAUCUGAGAUAUAAAAUCCUGGAAAGCCCGACUAUGUUUAAAAUUUAAUGGGGAAGCUUUGAGAUUUGCUCUUGCAAAGUCAAAUAUGUUGUCCUUUUGCAAUUCAUCAUGCUACUUCCAUUCAGUUACAUUCCACUAGUCUUUCUUAAGCACCUACUAUGUGCCAGGCACUGUGCUAGGCUCUUAGGGGUAUGAAAAAUAAACCAGUUCCUGUCCCCAAGGUCAUGAAUUUAGCUGCUGCUAUUUCAGGAAAAAUUAGAGUGAAGCUGGAGAAACUAAGGGAAGUUGUGUAUUAAGGAAUGAGCUAUCUGAUUUACAGUUCAAACUCAGACUUUAAAAGUCUCCUGACAUUUAUGAGUACAUACCUGUAUUUCUUUUGAAAUGAGCAGUGCCUGAAAGCCAACCUGAACUCAACAUCUCACCCUAAACCCCAGAAAAUGUGUCUUUUACCUGCCAGAGGCUUAACUGAGACAUUGUAAAUAACAGUAUUUGCUAGCUAAGGUUUCAGAAAUUGUUGAAUGUAACCACUUCUCUCAAUAUUUCUCUAACAGGCUGUUUGAUUAACAACCAUAGUCAGUCAAGGAUAAAGGUAUUUUUGUUUUAAAGUGAGUUAACUGGAAUGACUCUGAGUUCUGGACAGCUUAUGCACACACGCCUAGAGAUAAAAGUAUAACAGCUUUUCAAAACCGGUUUCCAAAGCACCAGCGGACUCAGUGUAACCUUUCUAGUUAUUUCAAUAAAAAAAAACCCCCACAACUUAUCAGCUAUAGCUUAUUUGUCGCCUCUUUUGAAUGAAUCAGGCAGCCUGAUUUCCUUUGGAAGCUGGGCACUUCCUGGAGAUAUCAUCAGGCCCCCGAAUGAGGUAUAAACAAUGGUGAGUGUGGGGUGCCAGUCUUGGGCAGGCACUAUUACUGUUAUCAGCUUAAAUGUUCAGAUUGGGUUUGGUUGCAGCAGGGCUUUACCCAUUUUUUAAGCUAAUUUAUGAAACCAGGCUUCAUAGAGAAGUUUCUCCUUUAAUUGCUAGAAUCUUAAACUGGGUUGAGUUUUUGCAGACCAGAAAGCAUGCCGCUGUUUAAUCGGUUUUCUGUGUGUCAACAUAUUUCUUCUACCCCAUUGUUGAUGCAGGGAUGUUUUGAGAUUUUUGAGUAAAAUGAUAGAGAAUUAAGAGGUUCUCUUCAUAAUUGAUACUUUUAGAAGAAACUUACAUAUAAUUAUGGUCUUGUGUUUUCAGACUGCACUUUUCUUCCUAAGCGUAGUUAAAAUGAAGAAGGCGCAAAAAAAGAAGCCUCAGUGUCCCCAGACUACAAUGUAAUCACAUGCAUACAGACCAAACCUAAUGAUAGCGUUGACAGGAAAGCAGGGAAUAUACAAUCCUUAUUUACAGUUUAGCAAAAAAUCCUGUCUGAGAGGUGUACACAGAGAUGAGUCUGAC